AUGUCUUUCUUCGGUUUAAGAGCUUGGCCAACCCCAGUAUGGAAACCAAUGAGUCAUUUCAUCCUAGGUGGUGCCGUAACAUUUUACUUAAUCAACAAAGUUCAAAAUUCAAUGUUGGCUUCUCCUACUUAUGCUAAAGAUCCAAGAAACCCUUUCGGUAUGAUUUUAAGUUUUUAUUAA